UCCUCACCCAUGUAUGCCUGCUCUCUGUACCCUGACUUGCCAGUCGUCGAAUCUUUGAAACACAUUGCUUCACACAUCUUGUCGCCGCUGCUCCCCGUUCGGUCCGACCCAGCGCCAGCGCACCGAAUCCACUCUCGUUAUCCUUCUCGUUGCUCGAGAAUGUGAAAGAAAGCAUGGCUGCCAUGUUUCGCAGCCUCGUUGCCGAACCUGUUGACGCCCUGGGAACUAUUUGCCGGUAUCCAAUCGCACCGAUUACCAUUGGGUCCGACGUUGAAGGCUGUAGCGCCCACAAGGUGGAAUCUUCUUCCUGGCCACUUUUCUCCAAGCACUGGAUACUUGACGCUGACUCUGCUCUUUGAUUACAUCGGCCGUGAGUCUGACCGCAUUCUGCAUCCAAAUCAUGCUGUAAAGGGCUAUUAGACCUAGAACAACUACAUCUGCCAUGUAAGACGGACGGGGGUCAGAUGAGGCGAAGCUCACAGCCGCUCCUGCGCGCUAUAGUACCUGAUCAGGAAAACACCCAAUGUAUUAUUUCUCGAUUAGAUGCGGAAAUCCUCCGUGUUGUUCACUAAUUCAUGUCGGCGACCCGUCAAAGGCCCGGCGUCGGAUAUCAGCUCCCCUGUAUCAUGGCCAGGUUGUACGAGAGCUGAUUCGAAGUGAAACCCGAACAGGGUAAGCAAUAGGAGCUUUAGACAAUAUCCAACAGCCCCAAUCGCAGCAUAAAUCCCUCCUAUGUACUAUGUAGGCAAUAGUCUAAUCUCUCCACCAACUAUCGUCGAGGCUUAGAUUCGGUAAUCAGCUCAAUAGCUCAACACCAACUCCUCUCUGUGCUGCGCCCACUUCGGCCGCGUCCUCAAUCGAUUCCUUCCAUUAUCGUCUUGACGCAUCGGCACAAUUCCAAAUCACCUCUCCCUGCAGGCUCUUGUAGAACUGAAGCUAUAGACAAAAAUCUUGUCUUUGCUUCCAGAUAUCCGCAGUCAAAUCAGCUUGUCCUGCCCUCCCUGAUGCACCCAGCUGCGGCACGUCCCCGCUUCCGCACUGACCCAACGUCCUUGGCGACGAGAGGGUCUGAUGGAAUAAACAAAAUCUUGGCUUCUCGUGCACAAUCUAUCUGGGUCUCCAGUUGAGUAUCGGUCCAUGCUCUUGCUGUCAGUUGUUGUUGUUAGUGGUGGUAGUGCGUAUAGCAUGCAACCAAUAAAAAUCCCUAAGAUUAGGUUUACAAUGGAUCUCGAAGCUACUCAAGUACAACACCAAACGCAAUACAGUCAACAGAAUCCUCUUGCUAGCAGUGAUAUCCAUCACCAAAAAGAAACAAUAUUCUCACAUCAGCAAUCAAACCAACCUGACAAAGUCUCAAAAAAAAAUCUUCUUCUCAACAAUUGCGAUCGUCCUCGCUCACACCCUCCGAACCGCUGCAAACCCCCACAAUCUCCACAAUUCCUGACCAAAUUGAAGUCUUGUAACAAGAAACCAAUCCCCACAUGGCGCACAAGAGUGUUCUUCUACUUGUUGUCCUUCCGUCCCAGUUUCCUGGUUUCGUCCCUGUUUUUCUCCAACUCUGACCGGCGCCGUUUCGUCAUAUCUGGCACAUGUGUGGAUGCGAUCAACAGGAGAGAGGAAAAUUACUUCUCGGGUAUCGUAAGAUUUUUUUUAAUUAUUGGUGGAGAUCAGCAGUAA